AUGGAUUUGAAAAUAAUUUGUUGGAAUAUUCGUGGUUUGAAUGAUUUGAACGGAAGGGAUAUUGUAAAGAAGAAGGUUAGGGAUUGGAAGCUAUCUAUUUUACUUUUGCAAGAAGCAAAAUUUCAGCUUUGUACAGAUUUAAUGGCUUGGCAAUGCUGGGGAAAUAAACAUGUGAAAUGGAUUGAUUCUCCAUCUCAGGGAAGCUCAGGUGGUAUUUUAUUUUUCUGGGAUUCUUCUAAAAUCGAAGUUUCUGACUUUCUAAUGGGUCCUUAUUCUAUUACUUUGUUGUGUAAAACAAUUUCAUCAUCUUUCCAAUGGAUGUUUACUGGUAUUUACGCGCCUUGUGCUUCUUAUACUGAAGAUGUGAAACUUUUUUGGAGAGAAAUUGAAGAAGUAAGAAGUUUCUGGCAAUACCCAUGGGUAAUUGGUGGGGAGUUUAAUGAGAUUAGAUUUUGUCAUGAAAGAUCAACGGGAAGUGAUUAUACCUGUGGAAUGGAGAGGCUGAAUAAAUUCAUUUCCAAGCAUCAUCUUAUUGAUUUUCCUUUGAUCGGAGCCACUUAUACGUGGACAAACAAUCAAGUUCAAAGUGUUAGAAUCCGAAUUGACAGAUUGUUAGUUUCAUUAUCAUGGGAGAUGGAGUUCCCUAAUGUAAUUCAAAAAGCUCUUCCUCGUCCUGUCUCUGAUCAUAGUCCUAUAGCCCUGAUUUGCGAUGGAAACCCCGGUUUUGUUUUUUUCAAAAAACUACAACUUUUAAAGCCUAAGUUAAGAGAGUGGAGCAAGCAAGAGUAUGGAGAACUAGAAAGAAAGCUGGAGGAUUUGGAGGAAAUUUUCAAUAAUUUGGACAUUGAAGAAAAUCUGCAGAAUGGCCUUACAAGUGCUCAAUGGGAUGAGAGAGUAGUUGCAAGAAAAGAAUGGUGCAGACUUACCUUGGUGAAAGCUGAGAAGUGGAGAUGCAAAGCAAGAGUCAAUGACAUUAAGAAUAAUGAUAACAACACAAAAUAUUUUCACAAACUGGAAAAUGACAAUAGAAGAAGAAGUUAUAUUGGCUCUAUCAAGGUUAAUGAUGUUUUAACUGCUAAUGAAGAAGAAAUUAAACAUGACUUUAUGAAAGUUUUGCAAGAUUUACAAGAAAGAAGUUUUCUUGAUUGGAGACUCAAGAAUACUUUUAUAGCUCUUAUUCCUAAGAAGGAUACAAUUGAAGAAAUUAAAGAUCUCAGGCCAAUUAGUUUGGUUCAUGGAGCUUAUAAGAUACUCUCAAAAUUGUUGGCAGAAAGGUUCAAAGUAAGUCUUCCCUCAGUUAUUUCUCAGCACCAAACAACUUUCAUCAAAAAAAGGCAAAUUUUAGAUGGAGUGUUAAUUGCCAAUGAGCUUAUUGAUUCUAGAACUAGAAGUGGAAAACCUGGUUUGUUAUGCAAAGUAGAUUUUGAAAAGGCCUUUGACCAUGUUAAUUGGGAUUUUAUAGAUGAAAUUUUGAAGCUGAUGGGUUAUGGAGAUAAAUGGAGGAGUUGGGUCAAAUGUUGUGUUGAAUUUGUGAAAUUCUCUGUUUUGGUGAAUGGUAGUGCAUCUGGCUUUUUCACAAGUAAAAAGGGUAUCAGGCAAGGAGAUCCCUUAUCACCAUUUUUAUUCCUUUUGGUGGGUGAAGCUCUUUAUUACAUUUUAAAGCAAGCUCAGCUACAAGGUCUUAUUUCUGGUUUUCAAGUCAGCAAUGAAGGUAUGCUUAUUAGUCAUUUGCAAUCUGCUGAUAACACUUUGAUUUUUUUAGAUGUUGAUAUUGAACAAGUGAAAAAUCUUAGACUGAUUCUUCUUUCUUUUGAGCUUUUAACUGGCCUGAAGAUAAAUUUUUCUAAGACUCAAAUUUUUGGAGUUGGCUUUGAUGGAGACUUAUCACAAUUCUGUGACAUUCUGAGGUUUUAUUCUGGUCUGCUCCCAACUAUUUAUUUAGGUCUUCCUCUUGGAGAUAAGUGCAGAGGUGUAGCUAAAUGGGACAAGAUAGUAGAUAAAUUCAUUGCAAAACUUGUUGGUUGGAAGAAAAAGCUUCUCAAAAGAGCAGUCAGAUUUUGGGAAGACAAUUGGCUAUAUGACACUUAUAUUAAAGACUGUUAUCCUCAUCUUUACAAUGUUUCUAGAUCAAAAAAUCACAAAGUGGUUGAAAUGGGUGUGACUGAAGCAAAUGGUGUUGUAUGGAAUCUUAGAUCUCCAAGAAGAUUGUUUGGUGCUGCUGCAAUGGAACAUGCUAUUCUUGUCUCUGAUUUGGCUUCUUUCACUUUCACUCCUGAUCUUGAGGAUGAAUUGCAGUGGAAUCUCCGUGCAAGUAAGGUUUACUCUGUCAAAUCUUUAUAUGAUUUCCUUAGUGUUAUUGAUGCAGACACAUCAGAGAAACCAUUUUUCUCUUUUAUCUGGAAGCAGAAGUAUCCACCAAAGAUAGGUUUUUUCUUGUGGACAAUUUCACAUGGAAGAUUACCUACUAGAGACUCUUUAAGAAGAAAAAGAAUGGAUGUUCCAGCUGACUGUCUCUUUUGCAAUGAACCUGAAACAACUGCAUAUGUUUUACUGCACUGCACUUUUGCAAAAAAAAUCUGA